CUCAGCUUAAAAAGGGUCUUUGUGUGGACUGCUAAUACCGCUUCGUCUGUAGCGCUAAAUUUGAAAUGGACCCUGAACCAGAAUAACCAGGUUAUUUCAAAAUGGGACGCCCAGUUUUUCUUUUUCUUUUUUUCCACGAUGGGGGGGAUAACGACUCCUAUCGUAUGUUUACUGAUAGAAUGUGAGAGUUUUCUCAUUAUCCGAAUCGUAAAGGAAGCUAAAGUGUGUCGUACACAGCAGAAUUUCUUCUGCUUAUAGCUUAUUAAGGGAGUUUUUAAUGGUGUUCCCCCUUGUAUCCUUGAUUGUUGAGGCCUAUGUAGGAAGCAUUUUUCUACCUAAUUAAUGCACCCCCUGCCUAGACCGAUCCCUACUAGUUUUUAUUUUUAUUUUUCUUUCUUAUCCCUAUCCCUUUCAGAACCCAUCAUUUCCUAGUACUUUUUCCUUCACUCCCUAAUCCCUUUUUCUUCUUAAUACCGCCCAUUCCAAAAGGGCGAGAUAAUCAUGGGUUCGAUAAUUAUAAGUCCGGAGUUACCUCCGAACGACGUUCUACUCCUACGGAAUCUUGCCGACGACAUUGAGCGAUAUCAGCAAAACGAACCAUCCGGUAAAAGCUCCGGCAAGAACUCCGGUGUAAAGAAAAGCUCCGCGCCCGGCCAAGAGCCUGUCAAUGGAACCGCCAACCAUAAUGUCUCGGCAUCUAGGGAUGAACAAGACCUCUCGCGCAUGAGAGCGGUCAAUGAUCCGGAAAAUAAAGAGUUCGAACCGACCGUUUUUGUUUCCGUAGACCUUCGAGAUCUAUCGACGCGGUUGCAUCCUGUCGUUUACAAGUACAUAUUGAUGCCAUAUGUGAGAUGGGCUCAGACUAUUGCAAGACAUCCAAGUGAUGUGGUGAUGGUCACUCACCUAAUCCUAUACUUCACCACUUCCGUCCCCAGUGCACUAUGGCUCUUCUACAGCUUCAAUUGGUUCCACGGAAUUGCCCACUCUAUAAUGCAAUUCUGGUAUGUAGGCACGUAUACGUUGAUGAUGCACCAACAUAUCCACGGCGGUGGUGUACUCCGCAAACACCCCGUAAUCCGGUUAUUCGACUUGGCAUUUCCGUAUAUCACUGACCCGUUAAUGGGCCAUACGUGGAAUUCGUACUAUUACCACCACGUGAAGCACCAUCACGUCGAGGGCAACGGACCCGAUGAUCUGUCGUCGACUGUUCGCUACCAGCGCGAUAACAUCUGGCAUUUCCUCCACUAUGUCGGCCGCUUCUACUUCCUUGUCUGGCUGGACUUGCCGCUGUACUUCCUGCGCAAGGAUCGUCCCACUUUUGCGCUGAAGGCGGCGUUUUGGGAGCUGGGCACUUAUGCCACGCUGUUGACUUUAUUCCGUAUUAAUGCUCGCCCGACGUUCUUCGUUUUCUUGCUCCCGCUCAUGUUACUGCGUGCCGGUUUGAUGGUCGGAAACUGGGGACAACACGCUCUUGUCGACGCCGAUGAGCCGGAUUCCGAUUACCGGUCUAGUAUCACCCUCAUUGACGUUCCCUCCAACCGCUACUGCUUCAACGACGGGUACCACACCUCGCACCACCUAAACCCCCGACGGCACUGGCGCGAGCACCCGGUACACUUCCUCGCAAACAAGGAAACGUACAGCUCAGAGCACGCACUCGUCUUCCAUAAUAUCGAUUACUUGGAGAUCACCGUUCGCCUGCUGAUGCAUCACUACGAACACCUGGCGCGGUGCUUGGUGCCAAUUGGUGAGCGGCAGAUCGCGAUGACGAUUGAGCAGCGCGCUGCGCUGUUGAAGCGGUGCACGAGGCGGUUUAGUGAGGAGGAGAUUAAGGAGAAGUUUGGUGUGCAGGGGAAGGGGAAGUAGAGAUAGAUUGGUGGUGGUGGUGGCUGGGUGAAGGUUGGAGGGGAGAAGAUUAGGUCUGAAUGGACGCCAUAGACGCUGCUAGAUUCUGAAAGAUGAGAAGAUCUUCAGCGGAGGUUAUAGAUCCGUCCUGUGCAUCUUUAGAGUGUUAAGGUGCACCCAACGGUUUCGAGGAAUACCAAGAUACAUAUUAUAUAUAACGAAUUCACCAUUGCCAUCCCGUUCUUUAGGGAUGCUAUUUCCAUAAAAUCUGAC